GAUGAAAUUUCCUGGCUGGACCCAAGAGACGGCACCCAAGCCACAAGUAAAGAAGAAGAAAAGAAAUCCCCGGCUCACAGAAACUCAGACGGACACGCUUUCUUCCGGUGUGUCGCUACGUGAAGUAAACGCGAGUAGCCAUGGCUCCUCGUUAUGAAUUGGCCGUCGGCCUCGACAAGGGCCACAAAACCACCAAGAUCCGCUUCCUGAAGUCAGCCAGCGAGAAGGUUGACAAGCAGAACAAGCUUCGUCCUGCCAGAACAAAGGGAACCCAGACCAAACACACUAAGUUUGUCCGUGAUCUCGUCAGGGAAGUUAUGGGACACGCACCUUAUGAAAAGCGUGCCAUGGAAUUGCUGAAGGUGUCUAAGGAUAAGAGAGCCCUCAAGUACCUGAAGCGCAGGUUGGGCACCCACAUCCGUGCCAAGAGGAAGCGUGAAGAACUGGGAGCUAUCCUUACCCAGAUGCGUAAGCACGCCAAGUAAAUGUCAGUUUAAAUAUUCCAAUAAAAAAAUCAUAAAACCA